GAACAAACCACAUCACACUCCUCGUAACAACUUCAAGCACGACUUGAAAAGAAAACUUUGACGCGUAUAAAAUAAACGAUUUGGAUAAAUUGAGAUUCACAUUGAAAAUCAAGACGAAGAAAUCAAACUAGAAGUAGAACUAAAGGACGAGGAUGGUGAAUACAAAUUUCCCAGUACCCAAUACGAUCCCUGGACGACUUAUAACAGAUCGAGAUCACUUACGAGCACUCAAACAACAUCUCGGUCAACUUUGUUCUCUCAAUGGAGCUCAAAGGUUUCCAGGAUCACAACCUGUUAGUUUCACCUACCACUCACUUGAUUUGCUCGAAAGUGAAGAUUUUUGGGUAUGUGAAAAAUCUGAUGGUGUUAGGGUGAUGGCUUUAGUGGUGAUUGCCGAUCGAAAAAGCUUUUACUAUGGUCCGACUGAAAAUGGUAAACAAGAAGUUUACUUUAUCAAUCGACGUGAUGAAUUCUUUUUAGUCGACCACAUUGCAUUCCCUCACUACGAACAUCAGAAUAGGUACUUGAAGGAUACUAUAAUUGAUGGUGAAUUAGUGAUUGAUGUUGAACCCAAAAUUGGACAGGUCCUGAGGUUUUUGGUUUUUGAUUGUAUCGCUCUGGAGGGACAAAAUCUGAUGCACAAACCUUUGAACAAUCGAUACGGUCGACUGAAAGAUUGGGUGAUCGCCCCUUUGAAGAAGAUGUUGGCCGCUCAACCUCACUUGCGGAAUACCAUGCCAUUCGAUGUCAAACUCAAGUCAAUGGAACUUGCUUAUGGGAUUGAAAAAGUCCUACUGCAUGAUUUACCUAAGCUUACUCAUGGGAACGAUGGCUUGAUCUUCACAAGUGCCUGCUCACCCUACAGGAUCGGCACUGAUCCAAAGAUCUUGAAAUGGAAGCCACCAUCCGAAAAUUCCAUUGAUUUCAGGCUCGAACUCCGAUUCCCUCCUCGUGCCGAUGAUCCAACUGAAGCGGAUUUCUUUGGGAAACCGAUCUUUGUUCUCAUGAUGAAUUGUGGUAAUGAUGGCGAAACGUUUUUUGAUACAUUGGAGAUGUCCGACCAAGAGUGGCAUGAACGAAAACUCCGUCGAGAGCAACUUGACAAUAGAGUGGUGGAAGUAGUCUGGAACUCUAAAUUACAAACUUGGAAGAUUCUGCGGUUUAGAGAUGAUAAGAAAGACGGAAAUUAUCGUUCUGUGGUUUAUUCUAUCAUUCAAAGUAUUCAGGAUGGAGUUGAAGCGGAUGAACUUUCGAAGCGAGCCAUCAGAAUCAAACAAGCGUGGAAAGCUAGGGCUGAAGGGAAACCCAAUCCAAAUGCACCCAUAGCUUCAGCCCAGAGGAAAAAUGCAAGCGGGAAUCAACAGAAACCAAAACAUUCAGGCGGCAUUCAGGGUGGUGACCCUAGCACUCGAGGAAAAUUUGUUGCUUUACCCUCGAUGCCUGUACCAGGGACUAUGGCCUGUAGACUGAAGCGCGUAUAAUAUGAUUUUGAAAUUUCUUCCAGAUCUCUCGGUUGGUUUUGUUUCAUGUUAUCUGAUUGCUUCAAGGAUUUAGACUCGUUACUAUAACAUUCAGAGCCGAUGCCACUCUUACUUGAUUGCAUGUUUUCAGUCUUGUUGUAAUACCUAAAUAGGAAUAGAUAUAUAGAACAAGGAAUCUUUGUGGCCGGAAUCCCGGAUACACAGUAAAAGGGAUAACCUUAAUUGAUUAUGAGAUAUUUGUGUGUUUGUGCCCUUGAGCCAUAUUGAUACCAUUGAUCAUUGAUAAUGGCUAAUUGGUUGAAUGGGAACUGUCUAUCUGAUUGGGCACAUAAGAAGUGAU